AUGCCCCAAUGGACUAUAAAACUUGCAAUUCGUUUUGACGUGGCUCUUCCCUUCCUCCGCCAUUUCGAACUUCAUCCCCUGCGUUUUCCCAGCCGAUUCUUUACAGCCGGAGACAAGUCCGUUCUUUCCCCUCGCCGACUACCACUUUACCGGCGACUUCGCCAUAUAAGGGGGCCGUCGGUAGAUAUCAAGAGCGUCAGGGAUACCAGGGUGAUCGUGUUGGACAUGGUGGAGGAGGUGGUCAUAGCUGUGGAAGUGGGGAAGUCGACUGGCAGCGCCCUAAUCGAAGGUAAUCAUUUAUUUAGAUUUUUAUUUGUUGUUCAAAGGUGUAAAAGCUGUUUAAAAAGGGUUUAGUUGUUCAAUAGUUAUAAUGGUAAUGCUGAUAUGCCUUGUGGUGCUAAUUGAAAGUUUACUCUGUGCUUUUGUUUGCUGGUUGUUAGUUGUGGAAUCUUCAGUGCUACCCUAUUUUUUGAAAAAAUUAAAAAGGGAUCUUCGAUGCUACCUUAUUAAUGUGUGGUCGGUUCCGUGAGAAGACCAUAGAGGUAAACUUAGAUGAUACUCCGUCCUAACCAAGCAUCAUGUUCUCAUUCAUGAAUCAAAAGGACAACGAAGUAGUUGAUAAGGAGAUACCUUCAAUAAUUAUAGUUUAGUCUCUUUUGGUAGUUUGAAAGAACGAGAUUUACAACGUGGAUAUCAUCUCUUACAUUAUGUUUUGCUUUCUUUUGGGAGCUUUUUUGUUCUAUCCUUUCAGACUUUGUUACAUGAGUUGGCAAUUUGAAGCAUUUUAUUUUUCUAUUCUUCAAGUUAAUUUGUGUCCAUUAAAUUAGACUUUUACCCUCGAUGUCAAAUUUAUUUGGGUUAAAUUUUUAGACCUUUAUCUUGAUGGAUGGUGGUAAUACUGUACAUAGAAGAGAACACAAAUUAGAAAAUUAUAAAUGUUCAGCUUUUAAUCUUGAUGGAUUGCAGACUUUGCAGUAAUGCUGCAAUUGAAGAGAACAACAAAUUAGAAAAGUAUAAAUGUUCAGUCUUUAAUCUCGAUGGACUGCGGUAAUGCAUCACAUAGAAGAGAACACAAAUUAGAAAAGUUUCCUUACAAGUUUGUGUUGAUCUCAAUAUUAAAUUGAUGCUUCUUCUCUGAUGCAAUAGUUCGGGAUGGUAUAGUUCUGACUUAUGAGCAUAUGACACUCUUAAUCUGAAAAGAAGUGUCCAUGUUCUUUCUUACUAAUCUGUAACAACGUUAACAUGUAUUACAGAUCUGUUAAGUUGAGUUAAUAUCAGUCGUAUGUGAUUUGAUUUUGUUAGUAGAUUUUGUUUAUUAUUAUUAUUAAUUUUUUGCUUUCAAUUUUUGCAUGGCUAAGGAUAGGAAUUAUUUAUGAUUCAGGAAUUGCAUUGGAUUUGCAUAGAAGAUUCUGAUAUACUUUAUGAUUGAAUUUGUGGAAUGUGAAAAUUACGAGUAAACUUAAUCAUUUUUUAAUCCAAUUAAUGAUUAUAUUUGGUUUUCUUAAAUAGAUGAAAAUUCAUUUAUUGAAAUCUUUUUGUGGCAAUGGUGCUUGUGUGUUUUGAUUUUAUGUGGUCUUUUUCCUGCAUAAAAUGACAUGAUAUUGAAUUACUUUUCUCAGUUGAUUCUCUGGUUAUCUAAUGAUGCAGAGGUGCUUAUUUGUACCUUUGGUCAGUUUAUAGGUUCGCCACAGUAAUUGAGUCCAUUCUGAACAAAGUGCAUGAUACAAAUUUUUUGAAUUUGUAGAGAUUUUUUUCGCUGUCAAUGAUGGUUCUCUUCAGGAUAUUAACAACAAGUUAAGAUUUUGUGGAUUGGAAUAGAAUCAUCUGCUGCUGCUGUGGAGUUUAAUGAUACAUUCCACUUCCUCAGAUCUUGCAAAUAAAAGAAAUUAAUCAUGGGUUUUGCUUACAAUAAAUCCCUCUAUGUUUGCCUGUGGAAGAAAGAUGUUAGUCAACUGUUUGAACUAUGUUAUGUCCGGAUUUCUUCAAAUUUAUUGAAUUCUGCCAACAUUAUGAAACUGUUGUUGCUCUAUAAAAUUUUUAUGUCCCACUUUUGUUACUUUGAAAGGAAAUAAAUUUCGUUGAGCGAGGGGUUACUUUUGUUUUAUUUGCUAUUGGUUGGACUGCUCUACAUCAUUUGUCCUUUUUUUUUUGAAUAUUAAAAAGGUGAUUUAAUACACCUUUCCCAGUUUAGUCAGAAUUGAAUGAGCUUUUGCAAGACUGUAGUAAACACUUUUCAAGGACUAACAAAUGGUCUUUCAUCUGCAGUGGGGCAACUGAAUUUGCAUCUUAGCUUCUUUUGUUUCAAGUAUGGAAAGAAAGUGUUAAUGAUUUUUGACAUGGCAUGUCUAAAUUGGUAUGCUGUUAGAACUCCUUGUAAUUUUCACUUUUUGGCAUCAUAAUUUAAUGGUUGACUCAGUAUAAAGAUACAUGAGCAAACUCACAAAGAAAAACCAACUGUGGACAUUCUGCUAUUCAUAUGUUGAUAUCGUCUUAAAGCAAUCAACAUUAUUUUACCAUGAUAAAAAUGUUAACUCUUUCUGUUUUUACAAUGUAAGUUUAUGCUUUCCAAGUUCAUUUAAUCACUUUGCUUCUGAUUUCUUAUAGAGAAAUAUAUCCAUACAAGAUGUUACCAUCCCAGCUUACGGUUUCUUUUGCGGAAAAUACUGUAUUGGUUGAACCAAUCAUGCAUGAAAUACAACAUUCUGUCAAGAGUCAGAGCUGGGUACCUGAGAAUAUUACAGUUAUGUAGCAUUUUUCUUGCCGUUCAAAUUCAAAAGUGAAUUGAUCAUUCAUUUUUUGCGCUCUAGAAGGAUGCAAUGUACUGACAAUGUCUGCUUUUGGUCAGAGCAUUUUGUAAAUUGUGUUAGUUCUGCUUUGUAUAUGGAAAUAUGAAUAUAUAAUUGAAUUGAGUUUGAUUUCUGAGUGAAAUCUUCACUCCAGCUCCUCCCAGGUGUUUGGUUUAAAAGUACUUUUAAGUUCAAAGAAUAUGCUUUUUCUUUGCUUAUCGAAUUAAAUCUGGGAUAGGGUGUAAUAAUAAACUUUUCUGAUCAGUUUUGUUUUGACAGGUAGGUUGGAGUAGUCGCUGAUGAUGACUUGGUUAAUUACGGCCUAAGUUAGGAUUUAUGGUGGCUUCUUUGCUGUAGAUUAUCGGAAUUGUUUUUCCCGUUGUUCAAUCUUGGCUAUUCCAAUUUAGUAAUGAACAACCUAGAUUUAGAUAUAUUCAGCCAUUAUGUUAUGAAGAAUUCUUGAAUGAUGGAAUAUAAAUAUUGUUUAACAUAGUUUUGUCCUUUUCCUCUAUGAUAAGCGUAAUUUGGUUGUGUGUUUAAUGAUGUGUAAGGAACACUAACACAACUAAGAGAAUUAAUGAAACAGGU